GGAAGGCAGGGUGGGUCAAGCUUCUAUUUGGAGGCAAAGAGUCUGGGUCUGAGAGAACUGGACGGAGAAGAGGAGCCGGCGAGAUGAAGGGUGAAGCGGAGCUGCGGUCGGUCAGCGGCUGAGCUGAUGCUGCAGCUCUGGACAUGAUUCGCCUGCGCUGGAUUGCACCUUUGUCCCAUCACCUCGUCUCUGUGUUAGCCUGCGUUGAAAUGCGCCAUGUUUGCUUUCUUUUAACGGGACGGACGAGCAAUGCUCCCAGGAUGCUUGAUCCUCGGUCUGUUGUGGAGCAUCAGGAAGGUCCAGACCUCCGCCGGACCCAGAUGCUCUGUGAAUUCGACAGAAGUCAGGACCAGCUGGGACUCGGCGGUGGUUUGGUUCACCGCUGAUUGCCUAUCACCAAACGCCGUGGUCCUCGCGCAGGAUGCAGAUUCCAGGCCGCUCGCAGUCCGCUGUGAUCCGGAUGGAAACAGUGGAUAUCGCUUUGUCUGUAACAUGACAGAGCUAGAACCAGGAACUUUGUACCGGCUGAAGGUGGUCUUUGGGACGGAGGAAGAGAUUAGCCUUGGCUCCAUGCGCACAGACCCGGUCGGCCCGGCUCACCUUGAGGUCCAGCCGGACCCGCAGUACCGAGCUUCAGUUCAGGGUGGAUCCUCUGGGCUGCGGGUCUCCUGGUCCCCCUCUGCAGGACAUGUGGACUGGUAUGACGUAACGCUGGAGGACGUCCACUCCGGCUUGGUCCGCAGUACCAGAGUUAUGGGUUCUGCGUCUCCUCAGUCUGGUUUCAGCUCCCUGGUCCCAGGGACUGUGUACAACGUCCGCGUGUUGGCUACAUCUGGGAGCCAGACUGCUGCACCUGUCCACGCCACUGCAGUGACAGCCCCCUCAGCUGUGGACGGCCUCCGAGUUGCGUCCUCGUCCUCAGACAGCCUCGGUGUGGCCUGGCAGCCCGGCCCAGGACGGAUGGAGAACUUCAGGGUUCUGCUGAUGGACCAGGAUGGGUUUCUCCUCAGGAACGUCACCUUGAAGAACACCACAACCUCCACCAAGCUGGAUGGGCUGCAGCCAGGGACGCCGUACAGGGUCACCGUGGCCACGGAUGCUGCCGGGCUGCAACGAUCUGCCUCCAUCCAGGCAUACACAGUCCCGGCAGGCGUGUCAGGUCUGAUCACCAACAACGACGGCAGCUCAGAGACCCUUCGGGUCUCCUGGAGUCCACCUGAAGGGGGUGUGGACUUUUUAACGGUGAACCUUUGGGCUCCAGGAUCCACCCCGCAGCAGCGAAUCCUGCCCCCCAACGUCACCCAGCUGCUGUUUGAGGGUCUGACUCCCGGACGCCGCUACCAGGUGUCCGUCAUCUCGUCAGCUGGAGGCCUGAGUUCGGAGAGCAGGACCGCAGGGAGGACAGUUCCUGACCAGGCGUCCGCCUUCUCCAUGUCCAUGGACACCAGCAAGCUGCAACUCAGCUGGUUGCCCCCCAGAGGUGACUGGGACAACUACAGCCUCCUGUUGACAGACGGCCCGGCUGUUCUGAUAAAUCGGACCAUCAAUAAGCAGAGCCGGCAUCUCCUCGUCUCCGUCCAGAGCCUGGGUUUGGUUCCAGGGCGACUCUACUCUGCAGAGCUGACGGUGCACAGCGGCGCUUUGAGUAACACGGCCCGCUGCAGCAGCAGGCUAGCGCCUCAUCCUGUGCAGCAGCUUGUCGUCCGCCACGCUGAUGAGACGUCUCUGAGCGUCCAGUGGAGACAGCCCGUGGGACGGUGGGACAGCUUCACGGUGCUCCUCACAGACGAGGACCUGGCCACUCCUGACACUCAGAGGAGCCUGAGCGGCGGGACCAGAGAGUGCACCUUUAACGGCCUCGUCUCGGGACGCCGCUACACCGUUACAGUGACAACUAGCAGUGGCAACCUGAGCAGCUCUGAGUCCGUGACAGCGUGGACCGCACCAGCUCCAGUCGGCGGCCUGCAGGUUUCUAACCUGGGCAGCACCGACAGCCUGCAGGCUCGCUGGGAACCGGCCUCUGGAGACCAGGACUCGUACCGGGUCCUGCUGGUCCACGACAGCAGCAUCAUCAAGAACGGCAGCGUGCCGGCAAACAUCAGCAGCACCAGCUUCCAGAACCUGAGGCCAGGAGCGCAGUACAAGGUGGUGGUCACCACCAUCAGAGCCGGACUCACGUCCAGACAGACUGUAGCCGAAGGACGCACAGUGCCGGCGGCCGUCACCGACGUUCGGGUCAGCAACAACGGUCGCACGGACUUCCUCACCGUGUCCUGGAAUCAGGCUGCAGGUGAGGUGGACAGUUACCUGGUGACGCUGAGCGACCGCGACAGGACGCUGCACACCCUGGCCGUGUCCAAGUUCAACCCCGGCUGCGUCUUCAACUCGCUGAUAUCCGGACGCCUCUACAACAUCUCCAUCACCAGCUGCAGCGGCCGCUACCGAAACCACACCUUCAUCCAGGAGAGAACACAACCCUCCAAAGUGCAGAACCCCACGGCGACCCAUGGGGCUCGGGACGACUACUUGAAGGUUUACUGGCGCCAUGCCGCCGGAGACUUCGACCUGUACCAGGUGUCCAUCAAACACAACAACACCUUCCUGCAGAACAAGACGGUGCAGAAGACGCAGAGCGAGUGCGUGUUCGCGGGCCUGGUACCGGGCCGGCUCUACACGGUUCUGGUGAACACGUGGAGCGGUUCUUACGAGGCCAGCGCCUCGACCCAUGGCAGAACCUUCCCCGCAGCGGUGCGGUCUCUGACCCUGGCAGGGCGGGGCACCGAGGAUCUCCGGGUGACGUGGUCGGCGGCGCCGGGUGACGUGGAUCACUAUGAGGUGCAGCUGCUGUUCAACGACAUGAAGGUGUUUCCUCCCAUGACUCUGGGCAGCGGGGUGGGGGAGUGCGUCCUGUCGUCGCUCACGCCCGGGCGACUCUACAAGAUCCUGGUGUCCACCUUCAGCGGCCCGAAUCAGAGGGCCCAGUUCAUCGAGGGCCGCACAGUCCCCAGCAAGGUGAAGAACAUCCACGUCCACGGAGACAGCAGCCGGCUGAAGGUGAGCUGGACGCCGGGGCCCGGGGACGUGGACGGAUUCUCGGUGUUUCUGUACAGAGAGAGCCGGCAGCUGGCCAGCCAGGCGGUGCUGAAGCAGCAGAACGAGGUGACGUUCGACUGGCUGCAGCCGGGCCAGCUGUACGGCGUGCUGGUCCAGUCCGCCAGCGGAGAGCUGCAGAACAACAGCACGUCUGCGGGACGCACAGUCCCGUUAGCAGUCACAGGUCUGCAGGUGGAGCCUGUCCUCAGCACCCGCAGCCUGCAGCUCACCUGGCAGGAAGCUCUCGGCGUCUCUGAUGGAUACACCCUGCAGGUCCAGGAUGAACGUGGCAGCAUCGUCGCCAACGGCUCACAGCCGGUCGGAGUCACCCGCUACAGGUUUGACGGCCUGACGCCGGGGAAGAAGUAUCGGAUCCUGGUCCAGACCACCAGCGGGGGGCUGCACAGCCCGGCGGUCAGCGCUGAAGCUCGAAUAUACCCGGCCUCCGUUACUAAUCUGUCCAUCACAGCCAGCACCACCGCCAGCCUGUCCUUCCAGUGGUCCCCACCAGAAGGAGACUUCCAGCUGUAUGCAGUCUUCCUGUACAAAAGCGAUGAGUCUAUCCAGGAGAGGCGGCGGGUUCUGCCCGGCAUUCAGCAGUGCUCCUUCCAGGGUCUCAGACCCGGAGCUCUGUACAGACUGGAGAUCCUGGUCCAAAGCGGAGACCAGGCCAACCAGACCUCCAUGCUGGCCAGGACAGUACCAGCAGCGGUAACGUCUCUCAAGGCUCAGAGUGGGAACCGGUCCGACGCUCUGUGGGUCAGCUGGAGUCGCAGAGACGGAGACGUGAGCGGAUACCUGCUCUCACUUUACGGCCCGGACGGAUCCCGGCAAGCCGAGCAUCAGCUGGGCUCUGAGGUCACCGAGUUCAUAUUUUCAGGCCUGGUGCCGGGUCGGCAGUACCGAGCCGACGUGCUCAGUGUCAGCGGAGAGCUCCGUAACCGGGCCAGCACUGUGGGACGCACCGCUCCCAAGCCACCUUCCUCCUUCCUGUUCGGGGGAGUCACCAACACCUCCCUGGAGAUCACCUGGAGUGGUCCAGUAGGUUCUGACUAUGACGACUUCGACCUGCAGUGGACCCCUAAGGACCAGCUGUCGGUCAUCAACCCGUACCACAGUCGGACGUCCGGCAGCCGCAUCCUGAGGGGGAUGUUCCCUGGACGGCGGUACACCUUCACCCUUCGAACCGUCAGCGGGACCACGCAGCCCGGGGACACGCCCACCUACAGCACCCCCAUCCAGAAGAGUAUCCGAACCAAGCCAGAGCGAGUCCACGGCCUCCACUGUCGACCUCAGAGCUCCACCUCCAUCUCCUGCUCCUGGGGAACGCCGCAGGCCGACUACGACUCCUACGCCAUCGAAUGUCUCCACCAGGACACUCACACCCUCGUCUACUCUCGGCGUACCGGUCGAGAGUCCACCAGUUACGUCAUCACCCAGCUGGAGCCCCACAAGCGUUACACCGUCUCCGUGAAGGUGAUCUCUGACGGGACGACCAGCGAGAAGGCAGAGGACAGCGUGGUCACCAUGAUCGACCGUCCUCCUCUGCCCGCACCGACCACCCGGGUCAGUGACGCUUUGGUCACCAAGUCGUCUAUCUUAUUCCAGUUUAACUGCAGCUGGUUCAGUGACGUCAACGGAGCUGUGAGGUUCUUCACUGUGGUUGUGGCUGAAUCUGAAGGUGUGGAUGACAUGCAGCCGGACCGGCACCACCCUCUGCCCUCCUAUCUGGACUACAGACACAACAGCUCAGUGAAAUCCUACCAGACCAACUACUUUCCCAGCCUGUGCUCAGACGGCCCAGACAGCAGCACUCGCAUCUACAACGUCAGCCUUGGGAGUGGGAUGGAGUCUCUGGGGGGUCACUGUGACCACCUGGAUCCUGCAGAGUCCAGCAGAGACCUCAACUACUUCUGUGACGGACCGCUGAAGUCAAAGACUUCAUACAGGAUCAGCGUCCGAGCUUUCACUCAGCUGUUUGAUGAAGAGACGACAAACUCCAGACUGUCUUCUCCUCUGUUCACCGACACCUUCUGGUCCCUGCCGAUCGUCACAGACACAGAACCUCUGAGUGGUGUCAUUGAAGGCAUCAGUGCCGGACUCUUCCUCAUCGUCAUGAUCGUUGGCAUCACUGCUCUGCUCAUUUGCAGACAAAAGGCUCGCAAAUUGGUGGAGGAGAGACCUAUAGUCAGGAGGAGUGUGAGGAGGGAGCGGUCGACAGCAGGAGUCCAGAUGGGAGUCAGAGGCAGCAGGAGAAUCUCCAGUCCCAUCAAGAUCAUGAACUUUGAGUCUCACUACAACAAACUGCUGGCUGACUCCAGCUAUCUCCUGUCUGAGGAGUACGAGGACCUGAAGGACGUCGGCCGUAAUCAGCCACUGGACUCGGCUCUGCUGCCAGAGAACCGCGGGAAGAACCGAUACAACAACAUCCUGCCGUACGACUCAACGAGGGUCAAGCUGUCCUACGUGGAUGACGAUCCCUGUUCAGACUACAUCAAUGCCAGCUACAUCCCAGGCAACAAUUUCCGCCGGGAGUACAUCGCCACGCAGGGUCCUCUUCCUGGAACCAAGGACGACUUCUGGAAGAUGGUAUGGGAGCAGAACGUCCAUAAUGUGGUCAUGGUCACCCAGUGUGUGGAGAAAGGCAGGGUGAAGUGUGAUCACUACUGGCCGUUUGAUCAGGAUCCUCUGUACUACGGAGACCUCAUAGUUCAGAUGCUGUCAGAGUCGGUUCUGCCAGAGUGGACCAUCCGAGAGUUCAGAAUCUGCAGUGAGCAGCAGCUCAGCUUCGUCCGCCUCGUUCGGCAGUUUCACUACACAGUGUGGCCCGACCACGGCGUCCCAGAGAGCACCCAGUCGCUCAUCCAGUUUGUUCGGACCGUCCGAGACUACGUCAACAGGACCCCUGGUUCUGGUCCCACCGUGGUCCACUGCAGUGCUGGUGUGGGCCGAACCGGAACCUUCAUCGUCCUGGAUCGAGUGCUGCAGCAGCUGGACACAAGGGACACGGCGGACAUAUACGGCGUCGUCUUCGACCUGCGUCUCCACCGAUCACACAUGGUGCAGACUGAGGGUCAGUACCUGUACCUGCAUCAGUGCAUUCGGGAUGUCCUCAGAGCCCGGAAGCUGCGCUGUGAGCAGGAGAGCCUCGUCCACCCCGUCCUACGAAUGUGAAUCCCAGCUGGCAGAGAGGUGAGCGAGCCAGCAGUCGCGGUGUGGCUUUUCAACGAGCGUCAGAGAAAUCACUAAUCGGAAAUGUUGAUCCCUUCCCACAGAGACACUGUGAUUGUACUGCCUACGGAGAGACUGUUGAGCUUUACAGAGAAACACAGCCAUUUAUUUUUCUAUCAAUGUUCAUAUUUUAUUCUGCAGAUUUAUGAUAAUUUAUGUAACGUGAACUGGAGCGUGUCUGUGAUUGUACACUGUGUGUUUCUGUGUCACGGUGAAGCUGUGGGUGGAAACAGCCUCGGGAGACUGAACGUUUUUGAUCAGCCUUGAUCGCCAGUGCACACUCGGACAGCUAAAGAUCUGUUCAGACUGCAGCAGAGUCAGCUCCUCGUCACACAUGUAUUUACAGAUGAACAACCGUACCUGUAUGUUACCUGUUCAUCUGCUUCUGCCUUAACCCGUACCUGGAGAUCUGCUUGUUGUAGCCAUACCUGUACCUGUACAAGUUCUGUACCUGUACCUAAACAUACCUGUCUGUGAACAGCUCAUUAAACACACAGCACGUGUACAAAUA